UCUUUUUCAAUGCUUCGCCUUCCUGGAACUGACCCUGCUCAAGUUUUAAUUAAUCCAUUUGGAUUGCUCUACAAUGAAGUAACUGCCUCUUCGCUCAUUAAACUCAGUUUAUCCGGAGAUGUGAUAGACCAAGGCUCUACAAAUUUGGGAGUUAAUCAGGCUGCUUAUGUUCUUCAUUCAGCUAUUCAUGAGGCUAGACCAGAUGUUCAUUGUGUCAUUCAUUUGCAUACGGCCGUUGUUGCUGCUGUUAGCGCCAUGAAGUGCGGAUUAUUACCAAUUUGUCAGGAAGCUAUGAUCAUUGGCCCUGUAGCUUAUCAUGAUUAUCAGGGAAUUUUGACUGAUGAUGAGGAGAAAAAGUCAAUAGUUAGCGAUUUGGGCGAUAAAAAUGUGAUGAUACUUCGAAACCAUGGUUUUGUUGCAUGUGGUCGAACAGUGGAGGACGCUCUACAUCUGGCAUUUCAUACGAUUAUUUCAUGUGAAACUCAGAUCAGAGCUGCACGCGUUGGAAUUGACAAAUUAAUUAUACCUUCUGAUGAAGCAGUCCAAAAAGCUUAUUCUACGGCUAGAAGUGGAGGUGGUGGAGGAGUAAAUCGAAUUCAACAAAAUUUAACUGCCAACAUUUCUUGGGGUAUUGGAGAACUUGAGUGGGAAGCGUGGUGUAGGAUUUUGGACACAGCGGGAUUUUGUACUGGACACAUUUAUCGAAAUAAAUUGCUUCGUUCAACAUCACAGCCUUCCCAUCAUUCAAUGUAUAAUCUGUCAAGUAUAGCAACUCCAUCAAAUGGACCAGCAUCGCUGGGAACUAUUGAAGAAGGAACAUCAACAUCAUCAAAUUGGCGUCUUUCCUUGCUUCUUCAAAAAGAAAAAGAGAAGGCUAUUUGGUUAAAUUCGCCUUGUAAUUAUUUAAAAGUGCAACUACCAGAGACGGGAACUGAUUGUCCUCGAUUAAUUACAAGAUGGGUUGAGCAGCAAAGCGUCAGUUCCAAAAGUGGCACGCCGGUGAAGAUUAAUUCACCCUUGCAGUUUAGCCCUAGCAGUUUGGAUAUGCGGGAAUUCAGAGAAAAAAGAAGAAAAUUGAAAGAGGCUAGAAUGAGUGGAAAAGUUUCACCUGGCCCUCAGUCAUUAGUUCUUGAUGGAUUGACAUUAACGGACAUUGAAGGGGAAAAACUACGUCCAGUUUAUAUUGGCGCUGCUUCCAAAGGAAUAGUUCAAAAAGAUCAACAGAUUAAUGCACAGGUUUAUAGAAAACUUUAUUCAGCAAAUCCAUUCAAAAAUGAUGAUCAUUUUAAUAACGGAUUGGAAAAUUAUUUGAAAAAAUUUGGAGAAGGAAAAAUAAAAAAAUCACAAAGUAAUUAUUGUGGGAUGAAUGGAAAUGUUAAUGAUACACCAACAAAUAUUAUUGUCAAUUCACAGUCAGUACCAAUAACUCCUAUUCAUUCAGUUAAAGAAAAUGGUGGAGGAAGUCAGAAAAUUAUAUGCGAUAAACACUCACUAAUAAAAUCAACUGAAAGAAGUACAUCAGAUGCUGGAAUAAAUGGAAAAGGAGGAGGAGGGGAAUUUUUCAAAAAUGGAAAGAACAAUGGAACAAUUGAAGCUUCGUUUAAAAAAGAGUUAAAUGGAAAGAAGAGACGUUGGAGAGAAUUUUUUCUUUUUAGACGAAAAAAGAGCGGUUAA